AUGGGUCGCUCACUACGUGCUCGGACAAAUGUCACAAACUAUGCAGCUCUACUAGACGUUGGAGAUGAUCACGACGACGCCCAUUCUGGGCCCUCAAAACCGCCUCCUGAUGACGACCCCGGAAGUGAUUUUGCACCUGGCGGCGACGCGCCCUCGGAUGCCGAACACGAAGAAGACUACACAGAGAUGAAGCUCGCGUCAAGCCUCUCGAGUCCUAUACCAUCUACCAAGACGAAAGCGAAGGGGAAAGCGAAGGCUGAGAAAACACCGAAGGAGGCGCUUCCCGCUGAUCCGGGACCCUUCGAGCGCCCGUUUAAUAGGCAAAUGUACACUCUUCCCCAGCCGAGUGUCAAUCACAGACACAAAGCCGUCCCCGUAUUUCGUCACGCUGCACCUAUAGAGCGUCUCACAUGUGCACCCCGACUAUUUGGCGAAAAUACUACUGUUCCGACGAACGCGUAUACCUCGUCCCAACCUGUCACUGAGAGACUGAAUCGCGCUCUUGGCUACAAUAUAUCCGCUGGGCCGCUUUGGGAACUGAUAGAGGAUCGAGGCUGGUUUAAAGAGGGCAAUUGGGCGAAUGAUCAUCCAGGCACAGAGGCUAGCCGGCGACCAAGAGUGUAUACCGGGAUCACCAUCUAUGCUCAGUGGUCAACUUUGGCGGCGAGCCAGGCCAUCCCAUAUCUGUCUACAGAGCCCUCGGAGGACAACGGUGUAUCCAAUACCUCACCUGUGACGUGCGAUUUCGGCCCUUUCGAUGAGCAAGAGUCCGUGACUCUUGAACCCCUCGAAACUGUCCAUAUGUCUCGCUUUUUUUCUUCGAGCAAGUCGCAUGUGUUCAACGCAGGUGCACCCAUCUGGGCUCUGGACUGGUGCCCCAUAUUCGCACAAGACAGAUCAGCGUUUUUUUACAGGCAAUAUCUUGCAGUCGCACCGCUGCGAUCCACAUCACACUCACCCGUCGUCGGAGUACAAGUCGACCGCCCAGCGACGGCGUGCAUACAAGUGUGGACCCUGGGAGCCUCUGCGUCUAGCACUGCAAGUGGCGACGCCGGGGCUCUUUCCUGCGCCUUGAUCCUUGGAAUCGAUAGUGGGGCAGCUCUCGAUCUCAAGUGGUGCCCACUUCCAUCUCAUGACGUCCAAGACACUCCAUCCUCGUCACUCAGGAGGUUGGGACUUCUCGCUGGAACCUUCGAAGAUGGGACACUGUCCAUCUACUCGGUACCUCAUCCCGAUGAUGUUCAACGUGACGAUUCGAAGCAACCUGCUUAUGUUCACCUUGGGGAGCCCGCCAUCCGCAUCGAGAUCGAAGGUACCUCGUGCUGGAGCGUCGACUGGGCCAAUAGCGAAGUCGUUGCUGUAGGCUGCACCAACGGUGCCAUCGCGGUGUACCAUAUCGCCGACGCGCUGAGAUCAGGAAACCCAGUUUAUGACCUGAUCCCGUCACACUAUCAGUACGUGCACCAGUCGGGCGUACGUGCCGUGUCAUGGAUCCGUGCUCCCCCAGCUUCGUCUUCCGGUGACUUCCGCACAGACUUGGACCCAACAGUGAUCGCGAGCGGCGGGCACGACGGCACUGAAUGCCUUUGGGAUAUCCGGGAUCCGAGUGCUAAUGUCAUGAACCGAACUAGAGAUGUGAUUCCAUGUAUGCCUUGGAGCCCUUAUGCGGGGGGUCCCAUCACAAUCGAUCAUGAGAACGCUGUGAAGGCAUACUCCGUAUCCCCCAGCAUGAUGGGUCGCGGACAUCUACUGCUGGAACCCGCCGGGCCUGUAUGGUCCGCUUCGGCCUCUGAGUAUCACCCGCAACUUGCAGUCGGGUCCGCAGAUGGGUCGUGUAUCAUCGCGAAUAUGCUCCGCUCAUCACGGCGCGGCGGCAUGGUCCCUUUCUUUCAGCACCGACUCUUCCAGCUGGACUACUCGCGCACAGAUGGACGUCUUCGCAUGCUCGACCAGCUCCUCCCCGGCGAGACGCCUGAUCGCGCAAACCCAGCGCAGCGCGCUGUGCGUGCUCGUAUACCUGCCGCACCUCCUCCUAGUGGUACAGGAGCAUGGCCGUCAAACAUCGCCGUAACGCGUGUCGCCUGGGGUGCCGGUAGCCUUGCGGCUGCGCCGUUGCUCGCGAGUGCUACCGCUUCGGGGCUGUGCCGCAUUGACUGGUUGGAAGGCCGGUGGUUGCGCGAUCGUGUCCCAUAUGGCGGCGUCGAGGGCAUUCGUCUUGAGAGCGGUGGUCCCAUAGAUGUCGAGGACGAAGAGGAGUCGGAUUGA